CUGGCUUGGAUUAUUCUCAAAUUAAUUAAUAUUCUCUCACCCUGUCUCUCCCACUCUCUCUCUCUCUCCCUCUCUCUCUCUCUCUCUCUCUCUCAACUUCUUAAAUGCAGACUGAAACGGUUUGACAUUGAUCUUCCCGCAUUUUCCCUCAUAGGCAAACUGAAACCCAGUUUCUAUAUUUCUAUGCUACAACAUUGUCCACAAUCAGGGUUAUAGGAAUGACGACGUCAAACAGUAGAGGCCCCUCGGCUCAGCUCGAGUAUCAAAUUCAUGUUCAAGAGAUCAAACCCUGGUCAUCAUCCAAGGUGCUGAAGUCUCUUCGUUCUGUUGUUCUUCAAUGGAAAUACAGUGACAAGUAUUCUGGCUCUACUAGCCCAGUUGUCCCCUCAUUUGGGUCUAAUGCUGGAGAUGGAAAAAUACAAUUUAAUCAUGCCUUUAAGUUACCUGUAAAUCUUUUAAAAGUCGAGGAUACUUUACGGAAGAACUGCUUAAAGGUAAAUUUGUUUGAAACGUCAAGGGAUAAGACUGUGAAAGGUCAGUUGUUGGCGACUGCUAUCAUAGACCUUGCAGAUUAUGGCAUAGUAAAAGAGGCCAUACACAUUACUGCUCCUAUGAACUGCAAGAGGGUUACAGGUAAUAAAGCACAGCCAGUGCUCUUUCUAAAAGUCCAACCAGUUCAGAGGAAUCGUGCUACCUCUUUAUCAAGGAAUGGGCAGUUGGGAAAUGCAUCCAUGGACAAGAAUGGUGAUAAAUCUGUUUCUGCAUUGAUGAGCAAAGAAUAUGCAGAAGAAGCCGAGAUUGUUUCCUGCACAGGUUUUGAUGUUACCUCUCACUCAUCUACAAGUGCUCCUUUUUCAGCUGCUCAGUUUCAUGGGGCUUCAUCACAUAAAGAGAAAAAGACUAUAUUAAAGACAGUAGAGGAUAUAACUAAGGAUGUUGAAGUUCACCAAAUUCAGUCCUCAAAACAAAGGCUUGAACCAACGGAUGUUAAACCAGCAAACGCUCGAGAUGACAGUCUGAAGGAUAGUAUAUCUUGCCCAUCAUCAACAGAGUUGUCUUCUGAUUCCGAGAGCCAAGAAAAUAUGCAUUCCAUUAUAUACAACUCCCGAGAGUCGAGCUUUAUGAGUCGCACUUGUAGCGUUCAAUCAUCUUCCUCGUCUAUCACAUAUGAUGGAGGAGAUGAAAAUCUGAUCAUCAGUAGUAGCAGAAACGACAAAGACCAUUCAGAUAACCAUUUUCAGGCAAGCACAAAAAAGGAUGCAGAUACUGUUACUGUUUUAUAUGGUCAUGCAGUGAAUUAUAACAGUAAGAGCUAUCAAGUAAGUGGAGCUGAAAGGAAAAUCUUGGAUGAGAAUUUGCAUGAUAUAGUUUACGAACAAUUAAAUAGAUCUCCAUCAGAUAAUACCAAGAAGGAUACUAUGCUAGAAAAUGAUAUUCAUAGUAACAGCAGGGAAAAUGUUAUACCGGAUAUUGACAGAUCAUAUCAUUUGAAGUCUGUCAGAUCAGCUACUGACUCGAGACGAAGCAAUGGAAUUGUCAAGAGUUCUCAUUUUGUCGUAAAAGAUAAGGAUAUUGGUGUUCUCAGAUAUGCUCAGACUGGUCCCCAAAACCCUAUUUGCAGUGAAAGAAAAGAUGAUAAGCUUUAUCCAGAAAAAAUCAAACUUCAGCAACUGCAACAAAGAAUAGAUAUGCUUGAAGGGGAAUUGACAGAAGCAGCAGCUAUUGAAGUCAGUCUUUAUUCUGUUGUUGCAGAACAUGGAAGUUCUGUCAAUAAGGUGCAUGCUCCAGCUAGGCGACUCUGGAGGUUAUAUCUUCAUGCUUGUAAGGAGAAAUCUAGAUCAAGAAUUGCAAGCACUGCUAGAAGUGUGAUAUCUGGACUAGUUUUAGUUGCAAAAGCAUGCGGAAAUGAUGUUCCAAGGUUGACUUUUUGGAUGUCAAAUGCUGUCGUACUAAGGGCAAUACUGAGUCAAGCUAGGGAGAAUCAUAUACUGUCACCUUUUUCUGGAAAUUUAAGUGAAAGUACUUCUCGAAAAGGUAGCAAUAAGAAAUAUCUAGCUCUAAAGUGGAAGGACUCACAUUCAAGUUUAUGCAAAGAGAGUGUUGAUGAUCUACAUCUGAAUGUUGAUAAGUGGGAGGACCUUAAAACCUUUACAUCUGCCUUGGAAAGUGUUGAAACUUGGAUCUUCUCUCGCAUUGUUGAAUUAAUAUGGUUCGAGAUUUUGACUCCACCUAUGCAGCAUUCUGCCUCAAAUGACAUGAAUAACAUCUCAACCAAACUUGAUGCAAAAACAUCUUAUGUAGGCAAUAUAGAUCAAGACAACUACUCUUUGGAGAUCUGGAAAAAGGCUCUCAGUGAUGCUUAUGAAAAAAUUUGUCCUAUCCGAGCUGACAGACAUAAGUGUGGCUGUUUGCAUAUGAUUUCCAAACUGAUACUGGAACAAUGUCUGGCUAGAUUGGAUGUGGCUAUGUUUAAUGCUAUUCUACGUGAAACUGCUGAUGACAUUUCAACCGAUCCUGUAUCUGACCCUAUUACCGAUGUAAAGGUUCUUCCUAUUCCAUCUGGUAGGUCAAGCUUCGGGGCUGGUGCACAACUAAGAACUGCGAUUGGGAUCUGGUCCAGGUGGCUUACCGACCAAUAUGAUAUUAAGGUUGACUCUCCCACCAAAUAUUGGAAUGAACAAGAGGAUGGUGAUGAUCUAACUAGAAGACAAGACACUGAUACAUUUCUCAAGUCCUUCCGUCUCUUGCAUGCGCUGAGUGACCUAAUGAUGAUUCCAAAGGAUAUGCUAUUAAGCAAGUCGGUCAGAAAAGAGGUAUGUCCUCGAUUUACUACAACCUUAAUAAGGCAGAUCCUCAAAAGUUUUGUUCCAGAUGAAUUUUGCCCGGAACUAAUUCCUGCUGCUGUGUUUGAAGCCCUGGAAUCAAAGGAUCCUACUGAGGUUGGUGAAGAUUGCAUCCAAAACAUUCCAUGUGGUGCAGAUGCCAUUACCUAUCUCCCGCUGUCUGUAAGUUCAGUUUCGUAUGUCUUAGGAGAUUGUGGAAGACAGUCUGAGUUGAGACGAACUGGAUCAUUGGUCCUGCAAAAGUCGUAUAUUAGCGACGAUGAACUUGACGAGUUGGAAUCAGUUUCAGGCAUCAAAAGUUUCCGCCCCUCACCUACUUUAGCCAAACAGGACCGGACUACAUUGAACGAAGAUGGCAGUAAUAGUAGCAAUGUCAGGUAUCAACUACUACGGGAGGUAUGGAAGAGUAUGCCUUAGAUAAGCUUUUUUGUAUAACUGUUAUCAGAUGUAGUAAAGACUAAUAAAUUGAACAUAUGUUUGCAAGCUAAAUAAAUGUGCUAUGUUAUUAAAGCAAGAUAAAGAUCCAUUGAUGGA